AUGCGACGAACGCGAGGACCGGGAGGAGCGGGCAGCGGAGACGGGAACCGGGGAAGUCACAAGAGAGGCAACAUCCGGCGGGAGGAUAAGAGAGGGGGGGAGGCAAGAAGAAGGGCGGAGAGGACAGGAGCGAAGAGAGAGAGAGAGGCGAGAGAGAAGCCGAGGCGAACACGAAGAAGAGAGGCGAGGCGAAGAGGCGAGAAGAGAGGCCGAAGAGGCCUAAGACGCCCCCGCAAGCACAAGGGGGGGCAGCCAAAACAGGGAGCGGGCAACGGAGGAAAGGAAAACGGACAGACGAAAGAGACGGAGGAAAAAGAGCCGCGAGCGGAGCGGGGGGAGAAAGAAAAGGGACGGGGAAGGCCGGCGGCGCGACGGGAGCACGAACAAAGGGGGAGGCGAGCGCAAGGGGCGGGGGGCGAGCAGGAAACACCGGAGGAGCACACAGAGAAGGAGCGCCCAGAGGGGCACACCAGAGGGGGGGCACAGAAGGGGGCGCAAACCCGAGGGCCGGCAGCAGAGAGACGAGCCAAGGAACCGCGGCAGAGACAGCAGCCAGGCCGGGGGAGGCAGCCGCAGGGGAGGAACGAGCCACAGGACGCGGGGGGCGACAAACCCAGGAGACAAGAGGGGGCCCCAAAAACACAGCAAAACCACGAGGAGAGGGGCGAGCAGCAGGAGGGCCAGCCCAAGCCGAAGCAGAAGAGGCAGGAAGAGCGAGAGAAGGAGAAGACGGAAGCGGAAGACCAAGAGGGAGGGGCCCAGGGACAGACCGGAACACCCGCGGGAGAGCCGCCCAAGCCGCCAGGAGAGGGAGAGGGCAGGGGCGGACACAAACGAGGGACGGCAGAGGAAAGAGCAGGCCGAGGGACCGGAAGAGAGGGCAGAGCACCGGCAAAGCGGCGAGACGGAGGGGGAGCAGCGGAGGGGACCACGGCAGCAGGCGCGGCCGGCGGGGGGGAAACCGGAGGAGCCACGGGCGGGCAAGCAACCAGACCGGCGCGGGGAGAAGAGCCGGCAGGGACCGGGGGGGAGACAGAAGCAGGCCAGCAGACAACGGAAGGGCGCAAGACCCAGAAAAAACGAGGGCACACCCAGAGCACGAACGGGAAACGCAAGAGCCAACGGGGCAAGAAGAGCAGGCACAGGAGCCGGAGCAGAGCCCAGAACCAAAAGAGCAGCCACAGAAACCAGAAAAGAGAGACGAGGAGGGCCAGGGGAAGAGAGAAAGAGAGAGACAGCCGGCGGGGAAGGGGAGAAACCAGCAGAAACCAGAAAAGCAG